AUGCAGAUACCGAAGACAAUGUCAAGCCUGGCGGAUCCGGCUGCUCCGUCGUUUCUUACCACGUUGCCGCCAGAAAUACGCAACGGGAUAUACGAGAUCUUGUUCAAGCGCGAAGAGCCUGUGCUGCUUCAUAAUGCUGAAGCUUACCAUGUUAUAGAGCCUCCGCGGGAGCACUACCCACUCGAUACCCUCUUUCAGGACGCGAUGGACGAAUAUCACGAGACUUUCGAAACGGAGAUUGGUGGUGACGUAGACUUCAAACACAACUUCCAUGAAGGUCUGUCUAUGCUACGAUCUUGUCGGCAAGUCUAUCACGAGGCCGCGGGAAUCUUCUAUGGCGAAAACACUUUCAUUUUUUCACGGGUUUUGAAUAGACACGACUGCGCGGAUCACGAAACACAUGACGUAUUCGACUAUCAUCCUCUUUCGUAUUCCACUCGUUGGCUUUCGAGCAUCGGCAGCCAGAUUAUCUUUCUUCGAAAGGCAAUCAUCGAUGUGGACGGUAUCUGUCCCGCAAAUUGCUAUGCUCGUCUGAGAGACUUAGAUUUCUUCCCUUUGAUGCGCUUCCUAUGGUCGUAUCCGCAAAAAGCUCAUGUCAUUACGUUUGCCCAUACUGGACGACGGCUGGAGAUGCAUACAGAGGCGAACACCCGUAAUCUGGACCUCAAAAUUGAGGUCCCAGAUGUCGAUAUCGCUGGGUUUUUCAAUAACGUUCUCUCUACGCUCACCAUCGGGGAUCCUUUGAAAAUGCGGCGGUAUGCAUAUUUCGAUCGUCUUGUGGAAGGAGUCUAUCUUUCCCACGGGAAUAUGGAUUGCCAUGUACAUUAUAAAGGCCCGACCGGGGGUGCACUUCUAAAGCAAGGAUUCGAAAUCAUGGACGAAGGAAAGGUCAUCAAUGUUCUCCCUUGGGCUCCUACUUCCCACCUUUUGGACUUGCCUUAUGCAAUAAAGGACCGCAUAUUCGCAUAUGCUCUACAUUCGCCCGAGGAAGUCGUCCUCGACCUAGACGCUCGCAAAGGACAUGGAUUGUAUAUGGAAGUCUUUCACGUGAAUACGGCCAUACGAUGGUACCGAAGCUUGGCUUGCUGCUUUUCUCGUAUGAACACAAUGACCAUCAAAAUGACGAGCACGGAAAUCGUUACGAGCUUUAACGAUUUCGCUGGUCUUAGGGAACUCAUUUACAAGAAUUGUUCCGCCUAUACCCCAAACCCCUUUCACAACAUUCUAUUUCAGAGAAGCUCCAACAGUAAGGCAAUGACGUUACUGUUAAAACUCGAUGUUUCUAGUCCGACUAUACUCUCCGAGGCUCGAAUCGAAACAUCUAUGAUGUGCCUACUUGGAAAUCUCAGGCCACGAACAAACACGACAAUACGGAUUGUAUUGACGUGCCCCCGAGGAAAAAGCACAUGGACAGAAGAGAUGGAAGUGCCUUACGACAGACUACAGCGAGAACUAUUCCUCCUUCUUUCGGACGUCAUAAUGAUGCGGGGCACAUCUACAGCGCCCGCAUUCCUGGCCAACGAAGACCCUGACCUACCUAAACUUUGGAUCACUGGGCGUGGGAUCAUUGUCAACGCGACAUAUGAAGCUACAAAGACACGAGAUGCUUUGAUAAUCGAGAACAAGCACUCUCAACUCAGCGAGAAUGAGGUCCACCAGAAAGGUUAUGAGAUGGCCGCAAAGGUUGCCAAGCACUAUGACCACUAUUUAGUCCAUACUGCUGGCUACGUCAGGGAUCAUCAGGAGUAUCACUCUCUAUUCUCAGCUUGGGGAGCGUUGCGUGGGCUUUAUCGGGAUAACUGGUGGAGUCACUUGAAUGGCCUAUGAUCCACAGCGCAAAGCGCCGUGAUCGCCUCCCUUCAGUAUCAGUUCGAAUAUUAGCAUAGCUUACAAGGUACGGACACAACCCAAUACCGCUGAAGUCUGGCUCUGCAUAGACUCUAGCGGAAGCGGACUUUGGAGCAGAGGCGAUAGACAUG